GUAUGGAAGGUCAUCCCAGAAUUAUAUUUGUAAUUUUAGCUAGUACUUUUAGUUCUUACUUGUUUGUUGGCUCCAAAAGUGUUUCAAGUUGUCGGCUCUUCUUCAGGUUCGUUUCCUUUUCAAGAAAUGUUGAAGUCCAUGAGCAGCAGCGACGACCACCUGGUCUCUAUGAUCGUAUCUUCCACCGGAAAAUCCCAUCUCCGGCAGAUUCAUGCCGUCUUACUCCGAACUUCCUUGAUCAGAAGCUCUGACGUUUUCCACCAUUUCCUCUCCCGUCUGGCUCUCUCCCUUGUUCCCCGAGAUCUCGAUUACUCGCGUCGCGUUUUCUCCCAAAGGAGUAACCCAAGCGUCUCUCACUGCAACACCAUGAUCAGAGCUUUCUCCGUCAGCGAAACUCCCGGCGAAGGGCUUCGCUUGUUCCGAUCUCUGAGACGAAAAACCUUUCCUCCCGCUAACCCUCUCUCGUCCUCUUUCGCCCUCAAGUGUUGCAUCAAAUCCGGGGACUUACUCGGUGGUUUGCAGAUUCACGGCAAGAUUUUCAGCGAUGGGUUUCUCUCGGACAGUCUCCUGUUAACGACUCUGAUGGAUUUCUACUCCACCUGUGAAAACAGCGCUGCUGCUUGUAAAGUGUUCGACGAAAUUCCCAAGAGAGAUACCGUUUCUUAUAACGUGCUUAUCUCGUGUUUUCUGCGGAACAAACGUACACGUGACGUUCUGUUUUUGUUCGAUAAGAUGAUGAAAGAGGUCGAUGGGUGUGUCAAACCAGACGGUGUAACAUGCUUACUAGCUCUACAAGCUUGCGCAAGCUUAGGCGCGCUGGAUUUCGGUAAACAAGUUCAUGACUUUAUCGAUGGAAAUGGACUCGGUGGUGCUUUGAACUUGAACAACACUCUUGUUUCCAUGUACUCACGUUGCGGGUCUAUGGAUAAGGCUUACGAGGUCUUUAACCGAAUGCGUGAAAGAAACGUGGUCUCAUGGACGGCUAUGAUCUCGGGUUUAGCCAUAAACGGGUUCGGGAAAGAAGCUAUUGAAGCUUUCGAGGAGAUGUUGAAGUGUGGAAUCUCUCCAGAGGGACAUACACUUACUGGCUUACUAUCUGCGUGUAGCCAUUCAGGUUUGGUCCGUGAAGGAAUGAUGUUUUUCGAUAGACUAAAGAGCGGCGAGUUUAUGAUGAAGCCGAAUUUGCAUCACUAUGGCUGCAUCGUUGACCUCUUGGGACGUGCUCGUCUACUCGAUAAAGCCUAUAGUCUUGUACAGUCAAUGGAGGUGAAGCCAGACUCCACUAUAUGGCGUACGCUGCUCGGUGCUUGUAGAGUCCAAGGGAAUGUGGAACUUGGGGAACGUGUGAUCUCCCAUCUUAUCGAGCUCAAAGCCGAGGAAGCCGGAGACUACGUUCUGUUACUCAACACAUAUUCCUCGGUUGGGAAUUGGGAGAAAGUGGCUGAACUGCGUUCGUUGAUGAAGGAGAAAAGAAUCCAUACCAAACCUGGAUGGAGUGCCAUGGAGGUACAAGGACAGGUUCAUGAGUUUAUAGUAGACGAUGUUUCGCAUCCGCGGAAGGAAGAGAUCUAUAAGAUGCUAGCGGAGAUCAACCAGCAGCUGAAGAUUGCGGGUUAUGUGGCGGAAGUAGCAUCAGAACUGCACAAUCUUGAUUCAGAGGAAGAAAAGGGACAUGCGUUGACAUACCAUAGCGAGAAGCUAGCCAUUGCCUUUGGUAUUCUUAUGACUCCACCAGGAACAACCAUUAGAGUGACCAAGAAUCUUAGAACUUGUGAUGAUUGUCAUAAUUUCGCAAAGUUUGUUUCUCGUGUUUAUGAUCGUGUCGUGAUCGUUAGAGAUCGCUCACGUUUCCAUCAAUUUAAAGGUGGGUUUUGCUCCUGUAACGACUUCUGGUGAUGAUUCGGAAGAUUUGCUUCAGUGUCAUGUAUCAAAUCUUCAAACUGAA